CGCAGUUGUGACUCCUGUUGGUGGCCGGACCGUUUGUUGGCGCUCCCUGUUUCCCGGGAAGAUUGUGGGGAGCGUUGGAGCAGCGCUUUCUCUGAUCGCAGUCGAUGUGAGCGGGGGCGACCAUUUUACAAUUAAAGUCGGUUUAACGGUCGGGUACAUGGUCACGGAGUCGCGAGUGCCUGAGGUAUGCAGUCCCUACACCACCAUAUGGAAACCAGUGGACUAAAUGAUUAUACAUUUACCCUUAUAAUGAGACGCUCUCGAGGAAGAAUGAGAAAGGAAAAGAAAAAGCAGGUCCACAGAGGGGGGACAAUGAGUUUGUAAUGCACAGUGUCUGCUGCUCUGGGCCAUGGAGGACGAGUCUAUCUCAGGGAGUGAUCCAGAUGUGGAGUCGGAGGAUGUGGAAGAGGAAGAGGAGGAGAUGGAGGACAAUGAUGGUGAUGAUGAAGAUGACCUGGAGGAAAAUGAUGAUUCUGAGCCCACCCCUGUCGGUUCUGAGCAUUCUCCACAGCCCGAUGCCAGAGGAUGGAAAUGCUCCACUUCAACUACCUCAUCACAGAAUGAAAGGAAGCAGUCUUGCUCAGAAAAUGGCAAGAAGCAGAGGUCAACAAAGCCUGGCCACAUGAGGAGAAACAUCCGAAAACUACUACGGGAGGACCAACUUGAGGCUGGAACCAAAGCAGCACAGCUGGAGGAAUUAGAGCGACUCAAACGCCUUGAGCAACAGAGGAAGGAAUUUGUGUUACCAACUUUGCCAUUUGAUCUCAUACAAGAAUCCAAUACUCAAACCUUAAAAAAAGAGCCAGUCUGGAAUGAGGAAGAAACUGCACAGAAAACAGAUGAAGUUCCCCCAAGACUCCCCAAACCUGAGGUAAUCUGUGUGGAUAUAAGCAGUGGGAGUGAAGAAGGUGCAGCAGCCGAGGAGCAGGUCUUAAAGAAUGAAGAUGUGAUUGAGCUGAGCUCAGGGGAAGAAGAUUCACUGCACAUUCUUGACAGUGAAUCCAGCAACGAAGAGGAGGAGGUGAAUGAAGAGAGUAGUGGUGCACAUGUGAACGAUGCCUUGAAUCAGCCAGAUGAUCUGGGCCGAGUCCUAGUCAACAUAAAUCAUCCGCCAAAUGAGCAAGAUAUUUUCCUGGCACCCCAACUGGCACGAGCAGUCAAAUCACACCAGGUCGGUGGAAUCCGCUUCCUGUAUGACAAUCUCGUGGAAUCACAAGAAAGAUUUAAAAGUAGCAGUGGGUUUGGCUGUAUCCUAGCACACAGUAUGGGUCUUGGAAAGACCUUGCAGAUAGUCUCCUUCGUGGAUGUCCUCUUUCGAUACACAGAAGCUCGCACUGUCCUUGCUAUUGUACCGGUGAACACUUUGCAGAACUGGUUGGCAGAGUUUAACAUGUGGCUGCCUGCCGCAGAAACGCUUCCUGCAGAUUACAACUCUGAGGAGAUACAGCCCAGGAGUUUUAAAGUUCACAUCCUAAAUGACGAACACAAAACAACUGUGGCCCGUGCCAAGGUGAUUAAUGAAUGGUCAGCAGAUGGUGGUGUGCUGUUAAUGGGGUAUGAGAUGUAUCGUUUGCUGUCGUUAAAAAAGUCAUUUGUUACUGGGAGGAGGAAGAAAACAAAGAAACCAGCGGGACCUGUAAUUAUAGAUCUAGAUGAGGAAGAUCGACAACAAGAGCUAUUGAAAGGGAUUGAAAAAGCACUUGCUAGGCCAGGUCCUGACGUUGUCAUUUGUGACGAAGGCCACCGCAUCAAGAAUUGCCAUGCCAGUACAUCUCAGGCCUUGAAGAGUAUCCGUUCGAGGAGGCGAGUGGUCCUAACUGGGUAUCCACUUCAGAACAAUCUUAUGGAGUACUGGUGCAUGGUGGACUUUGUCCGGCCCGAUUUCCUUGGUACUAGGCAGGAGUUCAGCAACAUGUUUGAGCGUCCUAUCUUAAAUGGACAGUGUAUUGACUCCACACCGCAGGAUGUCCGCCUGAUGCGGUACCGCAGCCAUGUUUUACACAGCCUGCUAGAAGGAUUUGUACAAAGACGAGGUCACGAUGUCUUAAGAGGUCACCUUCCUGAGAAAGAAGAACACGUGCUGCUAGUCCGUCUCUCCAAAAUUCAGCGAUCACUGUACACUGAGUUUAUGAAUCGUUUCCGAGAUGCUGGAAACAGUGGCUGGCUGGGUCUCAAUCCUCUCAAAGCAUUCUGUGUCUGCUGUAAGAUCUGGAACCAUCCAGAUGUACUUUAUGAGGCUUUGCAGAAAGAGAACUUAGCCAAUGACCCAGAUUUAGAUCUUGAGGUAAAUGAUCUUAACACAGGCGCGCCAAAUGCACGUGCUCUGCCAGUUGGGGGCAAGAGGAAAACGGAAAGUGCAUCAACCACCAUAGAUUCAGCAAACAGCAAAUUCACCCAGAAUGUUGGCUUCAACCAUUUCCAAGACAAAACUAACCAGGUCAUUACCUAUGAGUGGGCUAAGGAUGUUUUGGCAAACUACCAACCUGGCUUGCUAGAGAACUCUGCAAAAAUGGUCCUGCUGUUUGAGCUGAUAGAAGAGACCCUGAAACAUGGGGACAAGAUCCUUGUGUUUAGCCAGAGCCUUUCUACGCUCUCAGUCAUUGAGGAAUUUCUCGGAAAGAAAACGAUGCCAACAAAAACAGGCUCUGAGGAACCUCCACAACCAUGGAUCCGAAAUGUUACCUAUUACCGACUGGAUGGAAGCACCUCUGCAAUGGAUCGGGAAAGGCUGAUCAAUCAGUUCAAUGACCCUCGCAAUACUAAAGCUAAUCUCUUCCUGUUGUCUACACGAGCUGGCUGUUUGGGAAUCAAUCUGGUUGGGGCCAAUCGAGUGGUGGUGUUUGACGCUUCCUGGAAUCCCUGUCAUGAUGCUCAGGCAGUGUGUCGUGUGUACCGCUAUGGUCAAAAGAAGCCUUGUUUCAUAUAUCGACUGGUUUCUGACUACACCCUAGAGAAGAAGAUCUAUGAUAGGCAGAUCUCAAAGCAGGGCAUGUCUGACCGUGUUAUUGAUGAUCUCAAUCCAGUGCUGAAUUUCACCAGGAAGGAAGUGGAAUCUCUCCUGCAUUUUGUGGAGGAGGAGCCUGUUUUAUCAGAUACCAGCAUUGAACCAGAGAAAAUAUGUGAUGAAGUAAUUCUCAGAGCAUGCGCCAAACAUAAACAGCUUGUUACUAAGCAACCUUUCCAGCAUGAAUCAUUGCUGAUGGACCGCAAGGAAUACAAGCUGACCAAGGCAGAGAAGAAGGCAGCGAAGAAGAGCUAUGAGGAUGAGAAACGGGCAUCAGUCCCUUACACUCGGCCAUCUUAUGCCCAGUAUUACCCAGCCAGUGACCAGAGCCUUACCAACAUCCCCAUCUUCAGCCAGCGACAUUGGAGGGGCCCAAUCAAGGGGCUGGAUGAGAAGCCAGUGGCUAGUGUUCGCCCAUUGCAGUCAACGCCAAUUCCAAUGAUGCCUCGGCAGGUGCCAGGUGGAAUGGCAAUACCGAGUACAGGAUUUGGUCCUGUGUUCCCAGUCAGUCACCUCCAGCGUGCUGGUGUCGUGGUACAGAAAAUCGUCACCACCACAGAUAUAGUUAUUCCUGGAACCAACACAUCAACUGAUGUCCAAGCAAGGAUUAAUGCUGGGGAAAGCAUCCAUGUAAUCAGGGGAACAAAAGGGAUGUACAUACGUACCUGUGAUGGAAGGAUCUUUGCUGUGCGAAUGGGCAAUAAACCAAAAGUGACUGAGGGAAGCCAUGCAGCUGCAUCAGGUUCGCAGGCAGAUUCCCUUAAUCAUGGGGGUCACAGCUCUUCAUCCCCUGACCAGGCACAAAAGGGCCUUUCCCCAGAGGAGAUCGCACGGCCUCUUUCCCCGGACAGUCCAGAGAUUAUAAAUGAGCUGCAGCGUUACGCCGAGGCAGCAGCUGCCAGAGAGUCCAGCGACCGGCCUGGCACCGUCACCAACACACAUGGAGACCACAGCAAACUGAGGCCGACCCAGCCAUCUGACCAACUCCUAGGCAUCAACAAUUCUGCCUCAGCCCGUGCUGCUGCCUUGAACAUGCCAACAGCAAGUCGCUAUAUGGACUGGACAUCGGGAGCUUUUGGGAUGGAUGUCAGAGGAGGCAAGCGCAAGGCUUCCUCUUCUCCUUUAGAGGACCACGUCCGGAAGCAACGGCACUCAAUGCCAGCACACAACUACUCUCUUCCUGCUGGCUUUAACUUAUCGUCUGUUGGCUUGAGCCCUGAGAUGUCUGGGCUGGCUGGUAAUUGUCCGACUCUCCUAAAUCCCCUGUACAGCACGGGGAGCCCCUACUACACACUGCCUGGCUUGUUGGGGGACCCACGCCUGAUGUUCCCCAUGACUACUGACCCGCGACUCGCUGCUAGCACUGCUGGCCCCGCUGCCCCUACCUCAGCCACAGGCACCGCGGCGCCCUUCAUGCUCAACCCAACCUCGACCCUGCCCGCAGGCCUGCUGCCCGGCCUGCACCACCCAUUCGCCCAGUCUCUGCUAAAUGAGCCCCGGAUGUUCGCCCCAUACCCGAUGCCCCUGCUCACCAACAGCCUGCCGGCCGGCGUGGGACAGACCAGCAGAGUCUUUGCGCCAUCAACGUCGUCAUCUUCCAGCUACCCAGCUCCGGAGUUCCUUGGCACCACGGUUCCACGAGUGGACCCACCUGCAGGCUUGGACACUGCUGGCAGUUCAGAUGACGAUGUCAUUGAGGUCACGAGUAGUAACACAGGCUGACCUACUCCUAAGGGACAGGGCUGUCAUCCAAAUCUUUUUAAGUAAUUAAUUAAUUGACAAGUCAUUCACCCAAAUUUUAUGGCCGAUGACUACCAUUGUAAAUGUUGUCUUUUUUAUGUUUUUUUUAAAUUAUUGGCCAAGUGGUUUUUUUUCAUUUUUUAAAUAAAACUUUACGCUGGAUUUUUUUUUGUUUCAUGUCUGGAAGGAAUUUUUACCUUCAUUUAAGAAUUUAAACAACCUCUGACUUAACUUGAGCAGGAAAAGUGCAGUUACUUCCUGUCUUUGCUGGAGAGAGUGGUGUCAUCAAAUCUAUUUAAAGGGGCUGAGUCACAAAAAUUGACUGCCCCUUUUGUAGGUUUCUCUUUUGUGUGUUUUUUUUAAACGAGCUGAUGUGCAACUUGCUGACCCCGGAUGAGAAAUGGAAUGGAGAGUUUUCUUCUGUCAGUAGGCGAAGAGGGUGAAGGGAGAUGUGGCAAGUGAAGAGAGUUUUUACUCUGGGAAGGAACUGGAUUGAAAAGCUAACAUAAUUUAUUCCCUGACAGUUUAGAGGCUAAGUGCAACAUGCUGUGUAGUUUGUAAGGUUUCAGGCACUCUUCUCAAUCACUGAACCUGGUGUAGUUGUUUCAGUCAUCUCCCCACUAUGAUGCAUUCUCAAUGCUGACUGUUGUUAGAGAGUGGGCUUGGUGGCCUUGCUGGAAACCGGAGAAUUGUACUCAAACGUGAAACAAAGGGUCAAAAUUGAAGCUGAGUGAAUGAAAAAAAUCAUUUUUGUUCAUAAUACUUGGAGGUACCACUGACCAGCAAAAGUGGAAACUAAUUGAUUACAAGCUCCUAUUUUAUGUUCUGCAAAAUACCAUAAGCCCUGACUCUUCCUCAAUGGUUGUUAAUUUUGAAAAUUAUAUGAAGCUUUCAAAUACUGUAUGCUACUUGGAUUGGGUUAAUGGAUGAUUGGCAAAAUUCUUGCCUGUCUAUUAGUGAAGUUGGGGUUCGUGGGCAGGGGAAACUCUCUGAAUGAAACUAAUACGGUUGAUGUUUUAUGUAGAAUAUCUUGACACAAUGACACAUGGAACAUGACACAAUGCAGUGUCAAAUCUCACAGCAGACAGGCCAUAUGAAAUAAUCUGUAGGGAAUUGGUUCAUUCAGGUAAAAUUCAAAUUGGUGUUUUUACACUAAUAUUAAACCCAGUGGACCUGUGGAAGGUUUCCCAGUUUAAGGGUUUGCUUUAAAAUUUAGAACUAGCAUUAUUAAUAUUGUUUCUUUUGUAAGUAAACUCCACUUUAACUUAUUUAUAAACUUGGGUAUUUAUCAUCACAAGUUUCUACAGUACAGAUGUUUUGUUUUUUUAAGAGGGAAAGGGGGAAUUAUAAUUCUGACCAAAGUUCAGCUAAUAUUUGGACCAACUGUAGUCAGACCAAACUGAUUCUGGUUCCUUGAAUCGAUAAAGAAAUGGUAGUUGAAUGGUGGCCAUGUUGGAACAGUCUGGCUGUUAGCCUGUUAAUGCACCCCUGGAAGGGGUUUAGUGACUAAUAUAAAGACAACUUCUCGUGUUUUAGAUGUUUACUGUAGUUUUGGAAAUGAAAAUGAGGCCUCCAUCAUUCCUUAGUUCAGUGACUCUAGGUGGCCUCAUUACAGUUGAUCACAGGGUCACUGUUCUGGCAUAAGCUAUUGUUUGCUGCAUUUACACCACCAGUGAGUGUAUGUGUUCUUGUUAGCUUCAGUUAGGAUGCCAAGAGCUUAUGAACAUAGCACAGAGUUGGCCAUUUCCCAGAGAGGAGAAGGUGAGAAAUGGAAUACAGGUUCUGUUUUGAAAUUGGUUCUAAAGUCCUGUCCACUUUGACGUGAGAAUGGUCAUUCAAAUCUCUGGUUAUUGAUUUAGCCCAACUUCAUUACCCUAAACAAUCGUUCUAAUUUUCCCCACUGGUAAGACAUGUUAAAUCUGAAUAUAUCUCAAGUUUUUUAACGAGAAUUUUGUUGCUCUCCUGAAGGCAGCAAUUCACUGUGAUGAGCAGCAUUACAGAGACUGACCACCUCACCUGCUUAAAUCCACGAGGUGAGGUGCUAUUCCACCACUACAUGGGUUGCCAUAAUGUAAUUAUGCAGCACAUGGUGACCACAUGCUGGCACUUGAAGACUGGAGCCUGAGUGGUUAUACUGGGCAGUAAUAAUCCAAAUGUUUGCUCUCUGAUGUGUUGAUAGUGCCCCUGCCAGCAUGACAUGACUUUUAUCUAAAUUUGAGUGGUAUUGAGGCCUGAGAUUAGGCUUAAUGUAACCCUGCAGAGUUUGUCUAUUUUGUACAGCCUGACAACUGACUACUAAUUUAUGGCAAUGGUCAUGGUGCUUGAGUUGUCUUAUGCUGUCCCUGAAACAAUUGAUUGCUGAAGCUCACCAUUUUGGUGACGUGAAAUACAGCAAUAUUGUCUCUCGAGUGCCAUUUUCCUCAUUUCCCUCCUCUUGUUGUCCCUUCCCAGUUCAAUCAGUUUACAGACACACAGCCAGAUCACUGGCAUCUGUGAAACCCACUCAUGGACAAGUCUACCUUCCGCGAACCUGCCGAGCUUGGCCAGGAGAGAGCAUUCAGGGUAAAUGUAUUAUAUUUUGUUUAUUGCAAUAGCGUAAAUAAAAGACUUUAACAGGAGGUGUUCAAGAAGCCAGGUGUGAUCUGAUCUGGGAAAUGUCAACACAAUGUGUACUAGUUUUGAUUUGAUUUUUUAACUUUUAAUCAUUUUAAGUCCCAAGACUGUUAUUUGGAAAUUGUUACUAUACGAGGUGGACAAUGUUAUUAAUCAAUAGAAGCCUUAGAUAUAUUAGCUAUGCAAUUUUUUUUUGUGUUUUUGUUUGUACGUAACGCAGAUGGGGUGAAAUAAAAGGGGGCUUUAAUGAACUUGUCAAACUACCAGACGUGGGACCCCCAUCUGUCACCUAGUAAUGAAGAAGUUACAACUCUCCAAUGAGUUGAAAUUGUUUCUGAAAUCCUGUAAGAUCCCUAUUAGAAGGGUUGGUGGGGGGGGAAGAGUGCUUUUAAUUAUCAUUAUCUUGCCAUUAAAUUACCCUGGUCAACUCCUAUUUAAACUGAAUAAAGUCUUGGAACAGUUCUUUUUGCCUGGGGCAUGGGAUUCAGUGCAAAGCUGGCUAUGAGAGCUACUAGCUAACCUUGGGGAUUUAGUUCUUGGAAAUCUUCCAUUAUAACAGCAGUAAUUGUGAUAAUACAUUUGAGUUCCUUCCUAAACUUUGUAUGAGUCUGUAAGGAGCAUGUAGCAUUUGUCUUAUGCACGGGACCCAGCUCUCCCCUGUACUUGCAUUUUUUUUUGCUAAAAGUGGAGUAACUUCUUAUUGUGUACCAAACAUCAAAUCAUGUUAUUUAUUAAUAUUUGGUGCACAUCCAGUUUCUGACUGUGCCAUCCACCUCCAUCCUCCCACCGCCCCAACCACCUUUGUGCGUUGUUCCUGCUGUUAAUACAAUCUUCAGCCGACUGUUUCAGUCAGGUGAUUCUGCUUUUAAAUGAUGAAUUCCAAGACUCUGCCUUCUAUAUUAAAGGAGGAUGCUGGUUCUGGAAGUGUUUGUGAAUUCUCUGUUGUUGCUGGGGAGUCUUAGUUCCUGUGUGUACCUUGCUCCUUCAGAACAGACCCACUCAUUAUAACAGCUGCAGUUUUUUUCAAUGGGAGAAAUUAAUUUAGUAAAUAAAUCCUCAUUUCAGUUGUAAUUUAACCAUUCACUGCUACAGUGCUGGCAUCAGUAUCCCCUUCUGAUUUCUGUUACACAUUUGCAGGCUAUGUUAAUAUAUUAAGGCCAAUGCUAUGCAAAUUAUCUUUAUCCUGAAUGCCAGAGGUCAGAUUGUGUUGAGAGAAUGUCAUGAUUUCUUCACAUUGAGAGUUUGGUGAUGGAAAAGUGGUAACUUGUUUAUGUAACAUUCUGAAUCUCGUCACCCUUUUAGUGCUUCCAUCGUUUUUUCAUUAAGUGUUAGAGUGAGAUACACCUGCAAGUACAGGUGUGUUGUCUUCUGCUCCUGGAGGGCUGUGCACUGGACAAGAUCUUGUCUAUUUGUUUGCUCAUCUUCAUUAAAUGAGGAAAUGGAUUUAAAACGCUGCAGUCAAGCCCCAAAAGCUGUUACCACUACUUGUUGAGGGUGUCUGUGGUGCUACCUGUCCUUCUGCAAACUGCUGCUCUUGUGUGUGAGACAGGUGCAACAGUGAAGUGCUACUACCACUGCACCGGACAGGCCUGUGUUAGCUCUCCUUGUGAUAUAUUCACUGUACAGGAGGCAGUGUGGUUUGAGUUUAUUCCCCCUCUCUACUUUCACCCUGCCCAUAAAAUAUAUUAAAAACCAGUUUGUUCAAAAUAAAGACCUUUUGUAAUUAAAUGUUACAAGUCUGUAAACUGCCUAAUGGACCUCUUGUUUUUAUUUUGUAAAAUGAAAAAUAAAGAUU